CCUCGCCCGGGAGAGGGCCCGGCGCCUCUCCAGCCCGCCGGGCUCUUGGCGGAGGACCGAGCAGGAUUCCUCAGGCCAGGGAAAGGAGAGAGUAUGAAAGCCUAUCUAAAGAGCGCAGAAGGCUUUUUUGUCCUGAAUAAAAGCACUACAAUUGGGAGGCAUGAAGACUCAGACCUUGUUUUAGAGUCGGCUGACAUCGACAACCAUCACGCGCUCAUUGAAUACAACGAGGCCGACGGCAGCUUCGUUCUCCAGGACUUCAAUUCCCGCAACGGCACCUUUGUCAACGAGUGCCACCUUCAGAAUGUGGCUGUGAAGCUGUUACCCGGAGACAUCCUGAGGUUUGGGUCUGGAGGGCUGACCUACGAACUGGUCACCGAAAACCCAUCCUCGGUCAGUGAGCUACAGAAAGGCUACAGCCAGGUGCUGGGCCAGACCCUGUCUGAGAGGAACUCGGAAAUCACAUCCCUAAAGAAUGAGGGUGAGAACUUGAGGAGGGACAACGCCAUCGUGUCAGGGAUGGUGUCAUCUUUGCAGAAAGACAUGUUAGCAAAGGAUGAGCAAGUUCAACAACUCAAACAGGAAGUGAACCAGCUAAGAAGUGAGAACCAAGAAAAAGGUCACCAGCUCGAAGCCCUCAGUUCCAGAUGCUCGGUGCUGAACGAGGAGUUAAAAAGGGAAGAUGCUCAGAAGGCGCACCGGGAAGCCCAAGAGAAAGAGUUGAAACUCUGCAAAUCCCAAAUCCAAGACAUGGAAAAGGAAAUGAAGAAGCUCAGGGAGGAGCUGAAGAAGAGUAGUGCUGAGCAGAGCAUGAUCUCCAAGACACUUCGAGAAAAGAGCAAGGUUGAAGAGAAGCUUCAGGAGGAUUCCAGAAGGAAAUUGCUUCAGCUACAAGAAAUGGGGAACAGAGAGGACCUCAUUAGAGUCAAUUUGGAAAGGGCGGUAGGUCAGCUGGAGCAUUUCAGGAGUCAAGUCGUCAAGGCCACCUACGGACGAGCGAAGCCGUUCCUGGACAAGCCCGUCACCGAUCAACAGUUAAUAGAAAAGAUUACUCAGGUUGCUGAGGACAACAUCAACUUUCAGGAGAAAAAAUGGACCCUGCAGAAGGAGACUCAGCUCAGUCAUUCCAAACAGGAGGAGAUCACAGAGGGCAUUGAGAAGCUGAAGACGGCCUUAGACAGCUGCCAGGCUUGCAUGAAAAUGUCUUGCUGUAGCCACGACCUGAAGAAGGAGAUCGAACUCCUUCAGUACCUGCAGGUGAGCCCACCUGUUUCAGGGCUCCAGAAGGUGGCGCUAGACAUCCUGCGUCUGUCGCAGUCCUGGCUAGAGGCGACCGAGCGCGUCCUCCGGGAUGUGGGGAUCCAGCUAUCGGGCUCCGACAAAGGAUUGUCUUUGUAUCUGAAAUACCUUCUGGAACAUUAUAAAAAAAUUACAAGCCGGACCCAGGAACUUCAGAUCAAGAUCAGCAGUUCUCAGGAAACUCAGCAGUCUUUGCUACAAGAAAAGGUGCAGGAGCAUCUGGCCGAGAAGGAGAAGCUGAACGAGGAAAGACUGCAGCAAGAGGAGAAGCUGAAAGCCAAAGUCAAGUGGCUGAUGGAAGAGAAAGCGGCUUUGGAGGAAAGCAUUACUCAAGAGAAAAACAGAGCAAAAGAAGCACUAGAGGAAGAACAGAAGAGAAUGCAAGAGCUGGAGAACCUCCUGACCUGCCAGAAGGAGGCUUUGGAGGAGAGCUUUGCUCAAGAGAAGAACAGAGUGAAGGAAGCGUUAGAGGAAGAACAGAUCCGAGCCCGAGAGCUGGAGGCUCGCUUGACCCGCCAGAAGGAGGUUUUGGAGAGCAGCGUGGCCCAUGAGAAGAAGAAAGCAAAGGAAGCCUUAGAGACAGAAAGGAGAAAAGUUCAAGAUCUGGAAAACUACUUAACCCAACAGAAAGAGAUUUUAGAGAGCAGUAUCGCCUACGAGAAAUGCAAAGCGAAGGAGGCCAUCGAGAAGGAAAAGAAAAAGGUGCAAGAUCUGGAGAACCGCAUAACCAAACAGAAAGAGGAAAUGGACUUAAAAGCGCAAAAAGAAGGUGUUUUAAAUAAUAAAUUAAAUGACGCACUGGCCAUAGUAGAAGAGACUCAGAAAACAAAGACGGCUGAGAAUCUGAAAGCAGAGAGCCUCACCACGAAAUUAAAUGAAACAUUAGCUGAACUGGAAGCUUCCAAGACAAAAAUGAUCAUGAUGGAGGGGCAGAUGCAGCUGCAACAGCAGACAAUAAAGGCCCUCCACGAAGAACAGAAAUCACAGAAACACGAAUUUGAAGAAGAAAUCCUGGAAUACAAGGAGCAAGUCAAACAGCACUCCCAGACGAUCGUGAGUCUGGAAAAAAGACUCCGAAAAGUGACUGAGCACCAUAAAAAAAUAGAAGGAGAGAUCGCAACUUUGAAGAACAGUGACUCAGCCCAGGAGCAGGAAAUACAGCAGACCCCUCCCCGUCCUGUGCCUCCGUCGCCGAGCCGUGCCAAAGAUGUGGAGUGUGACCAGUUGAUAGAGGAUUUGUUGACUGCACAGAAGGAAAUUCUGUCUCAGCAGGAGGUCAUCGUGAACUUGAGGAAGAACCUCACAGAAGCUCGUGACCGAAUGUCAGAUUUGAGAGGGGAGCUUAAUGAGAAGCAGAAGAUGGAACUGGAGAGGAAUAUGGCACUGGUCCAACAGCAAAACAAGGAGCUGAGUGUGCUCAAGGAAAAGAUGGCGCAGAUGACCACCCUGGUCAAGAAGAAGGACAGGGAGCUGGAGGUCCUCAAGGAGGCACUCAGGGCCUCCCAAGAGAGACACAAACUCCAGCUGCACAAGGAGAAGGAGCAGAAACCCAGGAGCCCGACCCAGAUGUGUGACAUCUCAGUGCAGAUAGAACCAGUGCACACCGAUAUUUUCCUGAGUAGCCAAGAGGAGCAGUCCUUCAGUGACCUGGGGGUCAAGUGCAAAGGGUCCAGACACGAGGAAAUCAUUCAGCGUCAGAAAAAGGCCUUAUCCGAACUCCGUGUGCGAAUCAAAGACCUUGAGAAGGCCUGCUCAUCAAAUCAUAAGGAUCCCCUGAAUGAAUCAUUUCUAGACUUAAAGACUCUCAGAAUGGAAAAAAAUGUCCAGAAAAUAUUGAACGCAAAACCUGAUUUGCCAACUUUCUCAAGAAUAGAGAUCCAAGUGCCUCAAAAUGGCCUUGCCAACUCAGCGUCCAUCCUAGCCACCGAGAAGCCAGGGAAACUGGACAUGGCUGAGGCUUUGGAUCUCAGUGAAAAGCUGUACAUGGAUAUGAGCAAGACGCUCGGGAGUCUGAUGAACAUCAAAGACAUGGCAGGUCAUGUGUCCAUGAAACACCUCUCCCCCAAAGAGAGGGAGAAAGUCAACCAGCUUCGACAAAGGGACCUCGAUCUGGUGUUCGAUAAGAUCACCCAACUCAAGAACCGGCUGGAGCGGAAAGAGGACCUCUUGAGAGGCUAUGAAAAGGACAUAGAACAGCUCAGGCAGAGCAAAGUGUCCGUGCAGAUGUACGAGUCGCAGGUGGCCAGGCUGGAGGACAACAUCUACAAGGAGGCGGAAGAGAAAGCGCUGCUGAAGGAGGCGCUGGAGCGCACGGAGCAGCAGCUGCACCAGGAGAAGCGGCUCCACAGGGCCACCAGGCAGCAGAAGGGACUCUUGGAGGAUCCCGAACAUAAAAAUGCAAAAGAAUCAACACCUUGCAACUGUUCCUUCAAAGAGAGAGAGAGACAGAGGCGAAUGCUUGUAGAGACGGUGAAGAACAAGAUGCAAAACUCCAGUUUCCAGGUUGGAGCCAGAAAAGCCAGCCCAAAGAUGGACCGAAAAAGAGAGACGCUGAAGAGAGAAUCUUCCAGCAAAUCCAGCCAGAGUCUUCUUUAAGGCUGGUGGAAGGAGCUAGAAAUGGCAUCCCACCCAGCCUCGCAUCACCCCCUGUGAGUCAGUGUGACUCUUCUGUGUCAAAAUACUAAGAUGCUUUUAUAGGACUUUAAAGGUUGUUCCCCUAGUGUGUUGUUUCCUAGACUUGUGUUUUGCACAAUGCUGUAUUUUGGAGAGUGCGAAAGGGGUUCUUUUUUAAAAUACCUAUGAAUGUAUACAUACAUGAAGAAUAUAGGUUUGAAACCCAGACUCUUAGGCCUGGUAGAUACAAUUAUGUAGUUCCACGUUUGAGUCGUGACAUACUCACACAUCACACAACCAAGAGGCGCCAAGAAACCCACAGUUAAGGAAACCCAAGACUGACACUGGGACCAUGGUAUCAUGCAUUUACAUCGGAGUUUAUUAUAAUAAAUUUAGAAUGCCAAUUCA